UCUAGAGGUUGGGCAUAGCAUGGAUCAAAACAUCUUGUGCAUUCCACAGACCAGAAAGAGACCAGCAACAUAGGGAACCCAGGUAGAUACAUCUUCCAGAAUGCUGAAGCAAUUUCUUCUUGUGUCCAUCUUCCUCCAACUCCUAGUGAACUGUAAGGGACAGGCUUGCUCGGAGCACAGAGAGACCAUAAGAACCCUUCGACAAGUCCAGAAACUCCUCACGGAUCACGAGUCGUCCUAUCUGAAGGAGCUGAAAUCCCUGACUCGGAAACUCACACGGCUGGGGGCAGAUCUGGUGAAAGCAGACUCCAGAGAACAGAACUGUCCUCCUUUAAAAGCCCCUCGCCAUGGUCGAAAACUGGGGGCGGGAAUGAAAUUAGGACAUGAGAUGCAUUUUGUGUGUGACCCAGGGUACCUACUACUUGGAUCGGAAACCAGAAUCUGUCUGGAAAACCAGACCUGGAGCGGGCAGAGUGCAGUGUGUACAGCUGUGACAAACACAUCGUCCCCAUUUCAACGUCCUGCAAAAUGUUCCUCUUACUAUGGUACUCAGCACUGUACCUGCGACCCAGGCUUCCUGAUCCAGCCUGGAGCUCUGUGCCAGGAUCUGGAUGAAUGUACUGUGUUUCAAAGCAAGCCUGGGUCCAAAAUAUGUGUUUACGAAUGUGUAAAUACUGCUGGCUCUUACCGAUGUGUUUGUCCCCGGGGCUAUGUUCUGGACACAGCGCAGAACAGGUGCCAAGAUAUCGACGAGUGUGUCUCAGACCAAUCUGCUUGCCCUGGCAGUGACCUCUGUGUCAAUUUGUUUGGUGGUUUUAUCUGCGCCCACCCGGAAUGCCCUAAAUCUAAACCCAAUGUCACCUACGUAAGAACAUCAGGCCAUCAGUGUGAGCGGACCCCCUGCCCUGUGGGAAACAGCAAUUGCCUGGAAGCCCCUCACUCCAUCUCUUUCCAUUACCUGGCGGUGCAGUCCCAGCUUUCUGUGCCGAGAGUCCUAUUCACCAUGACCGCUCCACAUUCGCUGGGAGGCAGCCAACGCUUCUCCAUUGUAAAGGAAAAAGGGCAGCGUUUUCUGCAGGUGCGCCAAGCCGGCAGACACCGCGGGGAACUAGUCCUAAACCGCUCUAUCACUGGCCCUUCAGAGCUGCAGGUGGAGGUGGAAAUGUCGGAAAUGUCAGCCCAAGGAAUUCUGGGAAAACACAUAUUUACUGUCACAGUCUACGUUUCCCAGUACCCUUUCUAAGAACACGUUCCUCUGGGAGGAAAGGGGUUACACUGGCAGGUGAUAACAAUAAUCAUGGCAGCCAAGCAUCCCGCAUAAUGCUCUUACACCCAUAACGCUGGCAAAGCAUCAUGGGAGGUGUAGUCCAAAACAUCUGGAGUGCCGAAGGUUGCCUAUGCCUGCCCUAUAUCAUAAGCUAGAGAGGUAGGUCCCCAGCAGAGGGUUAAAUGAUUAGCCGAAAUCCGGAGCAGAAGGAUAUUUACUGCUGGUUUGCUAUGCUUUAAAUAAACAGUUCAGUCUGCUAAAUAAACUUGUUUAUGUUUGUAAGAUUUCUAAAAAGCCAUGUGUCCGCGGCUGCUGUAUAGAGGUUUAUGGAGUUCUACCAGAGACAGGGAGGCCAACUGCGGGCAGACGUAAAUACAAACCCAAUGGAAGACAGUCUGUAAAAGUACAUUUUAACUGGAGGAAGAGAAAGAAAUACCUAAAAGGGAAUGACUGGAUUUUUUAUUCUCGGACAUACAGGGCUGUGACUGGAUCGUUUAUUGAGGCUCACACUGGGACAUGUCUGGCUGCCUGCCUGGAGGGGCAUUUGGUGGAAUCCAGUGCAGACACCUCGACAAAGGGCAGCUUGUUGGUUGAAUCAAGGGGACAGUGGGAGGGAUUAGGCCAAGCUAGAAAUCUGGCCAGUAAAUAAAAACACCAAAGACAAUCAGCAUCUGCAAACUAAAAUUUCAGGAGAAAAAAAAAACAAGUCAAACUAAACCCUAGCUGCCCACAAACAGCAGCAUGAAAACGUUCACCUCAAUCAAAUCACGUGAAAUGUCCUUUUCAACAAACAUAAGGAACUGCACUCAAUCCCAUCAAUCUGAGCCAGGUGCAACCAAACCAGGACCAAGAACCAGGUUCCAAUGGCAAUAGCAUAUAGUACAAAGAUGGUUCAGGCACUCCAAGGUUUUAGAAAUGGCUAAUUUAUUGAAACCUAAAGCAACGUUUCGACCUUGUGGUCUUUGUCAAGCUCACAAAUCAAUCUGCCAUUUCUGAACCUUGGAGUGCCUGAACCAUCUUUGUACUUCAUGAAUAUUCGUCUGAAUUUCCUUUUGGAGGAUCACAGCUCCUGCUCUGGGCUCCCAGGAACACACGCCGGGUACAGCAGGAUACGUGGAAUCUGGAUUAAGAUCAUGUAACAGGCAGCAUGCUUAUACGCAUAUUUUAUUGCUAUUUAUUUACAGUAACAAUAAAAAUGACCAUAUAAAACAAUCCUGUUAUAAGUUGUAUAGGUUAGCGGCAAUAAGGCACUCACCUCUCUCCUAUGCUUGAAAUGCCUUAUUGCCCUGAAAGCUGUAAUACUGCACUGGGAGUCAGAAUAAACAGGAGUGUAUCAAUCACCUCUACUAUAAGGUUACCCCAAACAGCCCACCAUCAGCACAUUGCCCCAUUACCGUCCCCUGAACAUCGCCUGAUCUGUAGGAAAGAAAGUGGAGCCCACUGCUUCCUGUCUGCAGAUUACAUGAUUGGAGCCUCCACUAAAUGGGAAUAUAAAGUGCAUUUAAAUAAAUGAACCCUCUCUGAAA